UAACCUAAUAAUAGCCUAAUAACACAAUAGUUUAUUUUGCAAACAAUUACUUCCAUUAUGUGUGUUGUACAGUCUUAUAAUGCAACAAGCAGUGCUAAGCUAAGGGAUCUCUCCACUUCUCCAAAGAGGAUUACUGUUCGUCCUGAUUAGCUUAGUUACAUUACAUUAGCAUAAGUGAAGGAGAGGUCCUCUGUCCACAGCGGUCACCUGCCUGCCACGGGGACAGUCGAGCGCUCUCGCUGCUGUCAAUGGAGACCAGGCGAGAGUUGGAUGUUUUGAUAUUCCCAGAUAAAGUGAGGAUUCUUACUCCGGAAGAAGUCACACAAUGGGAGCUUGCGACUGCGAGCCAGGUGCCAAUGCCCUCCGUCAGACUCUUUGUGGCACUUUACCCAUACAACCCUGCUGCAAUGUCCCCCAACUAUGAGAUGGCUGCAGAGGAGCUGCCUUUUGUGCCAGGCCAGUUAAUCAAGGUGUUUGGAGACAUAGACUCUGAUGGUUUCUAUCGUGGUGAGUCCGGGGGUCUCUCCGGUUAUGUGCCAAGCAACAUGGUGGCUGAAGUCCCAGUGGAUGAUGAGUACCUGAAGCAUCUACUCAUGCAGCAGGGAUUCCUCCCCAUGGACCACUCAGGUAUGUGUUUUAACCCGGAUAUGAGCGAAGUAGCCACUAUCUCUGAUGAUGUGGUUGUUCGACGAAUGGUGGCCCUAUUUGACUACGAUCCGUGGGAAAGUUCCCCUAACCUAGACAGUGAAGUAAGCGCUACAAUGACACAUGAGCUACAUUGUGUUUCUGCUAAUUCUGGUCAUCUGUUGUUUCAAAUAACAGCGUGGUUUGUGGUGAUGUUUCAAAACUAUUUUUGUCUCUCAAAGGAUGAGCUUGGCUUUCGUUCUGGAGACAUCAUAAACGUGUUAGGUGACAUGGACCAAGAUGGAUUUUACCCUGGAGACCUGCACGGCCGACGAGGUUUGGUUCCUUCAAACUACUUGCAGCCACUACCAUGGAAUUAAUAGUAAAGGUCACACCAAGAUCUUACCAAGUGUCAAACACAUUGAGAAUUUAGCAGUUUUGUUAUAGUAUACCAAUGCAACUGCUUCUAUGAUUUGCUUUAUUAGGUUAAUAUUUAAAUGAUUGAUCAAGAUGUUACAUGAACAAGGGAAGAGUUCCUGUCUUAACAAUUUUCAGAUAAUUGAUUUAUUGGCAAACAAAAAUGACAAAUCAUUUGCUGAAAAAAGAACAGAAAAAUACAAAUGAAAUGCAUUUGAAAAAAUGAAACAAAUCUUUAUUCACAUUAUAUUUUGAUCUGCCUACAUUCACUUUGCUUUAACUUUAUGCACUUUCCCAAAAUAAGCCAAGAGUAUUAUAGAAAUAAAUGUUUAUAUACAUGUAUAUCUGUAAAUGUAAUUAUAAUUACAUAUCUGAUGGCAAUAUACAUUAUAUAUUAUAUUAGCCUUAAUAAUACACAUUUAUUCUCAGUUGAUUUGAAGACAAGAGUGUACAGUAUUUAUAUAGUAGCCAUGUUUGCCUUAUUCCCUGUUUCUAUCUUUUCUAUUAUUGGCUUUUAGUUUUUAUCGAAAAUAUCUAUGUUUGUAUACAAAUAUAUUUAUGUUAUCAAUGUAAGAACUGUGAAGCAGAAACUGAAAAUAAGCUGUCUUGAUUUUGUACAAUGCUCAUAUGCUUUAUUUUAAAAAUAAAUUAAAUAAAAAGAUCUCAGCUACUUGUUUGUAGUUGUAUCUUUUUUUUACUACAUUGAUUUGAGUCAUUUCCUAUUGUAACAGGUUGUAAACAUGCACUAUUAUCCUAAAAAUUACUUGACAAAAGCAACAGACACAUUUAGCAGGUGGUCAUGGUGGCAAGUUUUACAAAUCUUUCACGCAGAGUCCGUUGGUUUCUUCUUGUACAUUCCUUUGCAGCCAACAGUAUACUCAUCCAUAAAGUAGGAAACACUACACUGUGUAAUGACGUUUAGUAGUGCUUUCUACUUUAUGGGUGACAACACUGUACAUCAGUAGCUUCUGGUCGAUCCAAAGCAAACACUCAAGACAUGAUGGGUUGAGUAAAGGCAAGUUCUCAAACAUUAUAUUCAACACAAGCACAUUCUCUAACAUCAUUUUAUAACUGAAAAACAAGAAAACAAAUGGACUCAAAGAAACGUUUAUAUAGAAAAAUAAUGUUAGUAUUAAGUCUCAAAUAUUAUGAUGCAUUUAUAUUACAGAAUGCAUUAUUACAGAGAUACAAAAAAUAAAACCAAGUCAAGUCACACGCGGUCAGGGUCUUACCAGCA